AUGGGGGAGGGGCGAGCGCGGCUCCCGCUGCUGGUGCUCUCUCUAUGCAUGCUACUAGUCAUGGACGCAGCGCAGGCCAAAGCAACAUCGUGCCCCGUGCCAGACUCCAAGCGCUACACGAUGAAAUCCACCGACACGUGCGCGUACCUCCUAACGACCUACUUCGCCUCCUCCAAUGACACCUUCGCGCAAUUCACGGGAAGCGCCGGCUGCGCUGACCCUCUACAGGCCGGCGCUACCAUCUGCCUUCCUAAGGGGAAGUCAAUUCAAGUGAUCUGUCCGCGCGGCUUCAAGCGCUACCCGCUGAAGUCCAACGACACGUGCACCUACCUCUUAACGACGUAUUUCGGCAACUCGAACUCCGCCUUCGAGGAAACGACGGGAUACAGCUGCACCGAGCCGCUCAACGUCGGCUCCGUAAUCUGCGUUCCCAGGGCGGAGGGACUGGGGUCGUCGGGGCAGACCGCGCCGCCCGCGAUCAUGUCGUCGUGCGCGCGCUUCAGCGUGGCGUACGCGACGAAAGCGGGCGAGACGUGCGCGACGCUCGCGACGCGGUUCUUCUUCGCGAGCGCGGACCUGUUCCGCAAGUUCAACUCGGACCGCCCGUGCGAAGAGCUCGUCGCGGGCGCGGGGAGCAACGGCACGGUCAUCUGCGUGCCGUCGACCGUGGCGCAGAGCACCACGACUCGGCCCACCGCGGGGCAAUGUGAGCACCGGACGUGUGACGAUGCUGACGAUGACGAUGCUGGGUUGAACAGAACCAGACUCUCCUCUGCUAAUGCUGCUAUCCUCGCUUGUGCUGCGCGCACACACUUACUGCUCGUUGCUGACGUGCCGCCUCCAUCCCUUCGCUCCUCAUUCCUCCAUUCCUCCCUCCUUCCCCCGCUCCCUUCCUCCCUCCUUCCCUCCCUUCCUCCCCCACCGCGUGCUGGCCGGCAUUUGCGCGGGGCAGGGAGCGUGCUGAGCGAUCUGAUGAAGGUGUGGACGGACAUGAGCGCGUACGGCUGGCGCAGCACCGCGCCCUGCGCCGCCAUGCUGGGAGUCACGUGCAACAGGGCCGGGGUCGUCAUCCGCCUCUGGUUACCCUACCUCACGCUCGGCUCCUACAUCCCACCCACCAUCGCUUCGCUCACUGGCCUCACCUCCCUGAACCUGGCGCAGAACUGGUUUCAGGACUCUCUCCCCAACAGCAUCAGCCGCCUUGCCGGCCUGCAGGAGCUGUACCUCAACAACAAUCUUUUAACGGGCCCGUUACCACUGGGCAUGGCAGCACUUGCACAGCUCAGGACCUUGGACGUGUCUGACAACAAUCUGUGGGGCACCGUUGACGUGCUGGGCAAGCUCAGGAUAUCCUCGCUAGACCUCUCCGACAACCAGUUCGCAGGCGCCUUACCCCGCCCAGGCGCCGCCAUCUACCGCGUGUCCAACAACUACUUCUCCUUCGGCCUGCUGCGCCUCAUGGCGGACUGCACGCUCCCCCGCACCAUCACCGGCAACUGCCUCGCCGUCACCCUCGACUACCCCUGCACCGACACCGACUCCACGCAGCAGCGCCCGCUGGAGGUCUGCCACGCGUUCUGCGGGACGAGUCCGUCGGACCUGCCGUGUGGCGGGCACGGGGAGUGUUAUCUGGACGGGCCGAAUAAGAUUCCCACGUGUAGUUGUGACACGGGGUAUGCGCAGGGCACGCGCCGCACCACGUGUGUGCCUCUCGGCAUCGCCAUCGGCAUAGCACUCGACUCCUCCGAUCCCUUCCUCACGCCCAUUCUCGUCGCCAACGCCACCUUCAAGACCGGAGUGCUCUCGCUCACCAGCGGCCCCGACAGCGUGGGCGCCGCCUACAUGCCACAGCCCAUCCGCCUCUUCUCCAUCACGCCUCCCGCCAGCGUGCCCGCGGGAACCCCCGUGAAUCCCUCGUCCACCCCAGAGCCCGUCUGCGGCACAGAGCUCAGCUUCAACGCCACCUUCUCCUUUCGGAUCGAGUCCGUUGGGAUCAACCAGAACGCCACCGGCAUGGCGUUUCUCGUGUCGCCGGUCGCGGCGGUGGGCGCGGGGGGCAGCGGGCUCGGGUACUUCUCUCUGGCUGGGUCCAUUGCGGUUGAGAUGGAUGCGAAGCAGGACGCGGGCAACGCCGACGACGGGCCGGCCCCGCACGUGGCAAUCUCAGUCAAUGGCGGCGCGACCACUCUCGCCUCCGCGAAACCCACCACUCUCCUGCUCGUCAUCCCCCGAACACUCCUCGACCGGCGCUUGUGGGUGGACUAUGAUGCGGACCAGCACAAGAUGUGGGUGUACCUAGCAGUGGACGAUGGGUCGGACAAGCCCAGCCAGGCACUGCUGGACGGAGUGGCGGUGAACCUGUGCGAGCUGCUGGCGCCGUCGACGAGCGAGUCGUCGUACUACUUUGGAUUCACGGGGUCGGCAGGGAAGGUGCCCAUGAAGCACACUGUCACGUCCUGGAGCAUCUCCACUGUGCCACCGGUGCAGCAAACGCAUGUGGCAAUACCCGACAUGCCGCUGGGGCUGGACCCAUUGAAGGUGGUGACGAGCUACGGCAGCAACCGGCUCUUCCAGUACGCGUCAGCGGGCUUUGCGCGGUCCCCUGAUGGCUCCGACUCCUGGUCGCUUCUCUCGCUCUCCUCCUGGCUCACCCCCUCCUUCAUUGCGCCUGUGCUCAACCAGAACGGCUGCGAGGCGUGCUGGGCGUUUGCAGCAGUGGCGAGCAUCGAGUCAGCACACGCCAUUCUGCACAGCGGGGCCUCGGCUGCGCCGCAGCUGUCAGUGACACAGAUGCUGCAGGCCUCUGGCUCGUCCACCUGCUCUCCCUCCUCGCCCGCGCUCGCUCUGCAAUACGCUGUCAACAUGACCAAGGCGGGCUGUGGUCUCAGCCUCGCGUCUGCUUCGCCGCCGAGUGUGUGUGAGAACACCCCCUACAAGGUGGAGUCGUACGCCAAGGUGUCCUUCCAGGGGUGGUUCGGGCUGCUGCUGGCCGUGCAGCGCCAGCCAGCCAUUGUGCACAUCCAGGCUGACUCCGACACCUUCCGCCUCUACGAUGGGACCUACGUGUACCAGGACCCUUCUUGCUUCACCUUCAACCUCAAUCACGUGGUGGUAAUAGUGGGGUACCUUAUAGCGGGAGUGGAGGCCAGGGCGCCAGGAUUGGCGCCGCCCUACUGGAUCAUCCGCAACUCGUGGGGCCCGGACUGGGGCGCGGGGGGGUACAUGCGCAUGUCUAUCCAGGGGGGGAGCGGUGUGUGCGGCAUCAAUACCCUGCCUGCUCUUGUCCCUGUUGUGAAGGACCCCACGAACCCUUGCAACCCCAACUCUUUCCGAGUGUCCGGGGGCCCGGCGCUGAACCCGUGUGGAGGCUUCACGUGCUCUGUGGACCCUGCCAAUGCCUCCACCAACGUGUGCGACUGCAAGCUGCCCUUUGUCAUGGCCACCAACACCGAUGGCUCCCGCACCUGCGCUUACCUGGAUGCCUGUGGGGCAGCGAACCGCAAUCCAUGCCUGGUGGGAACAUGCGUCAACGAUGGCAAGGGCGCGUUCUCGUGUGUGUGUCCGCCGGGCUACUGGCACGGGCCCACAGAUGAUGGCUCCGAGUCCUGCUUCCCCGGGGAUGCGGGGACGACAUACAUUGUGACAUUCAGCAACAUGCGGUGCUCAGACAUCCAUCCCAUCUACAGCCUCACUCUCACAGAGUUCAAGGCCAAAAACCCCACGGUGAACUGCAAUGCUGACAUCCCUGUGGGUACGGAGGUGGAUGUGUCCCCUGCAGUCACUGUCUCGCCCUGCACCGUCCUCUACUACACCUCCUCCAAAGACACCUGUGUAUCGCUGCAGACCUAUUUCAACCUCACCAACAUCACCGCACUCAACCGCGGCCUGGACUGCGCAGCACUCAAGCCCAACACCGCCGUGUGUGUCGAGCGCAACGCUGCUUUAGCGGGCUAUCGCCACGAGUGCUCCCAAUGGCGCAGCGUCACUGCCACUGACACCUGCGACUCGCUGCGCCUCUCUGCAAAGCCGCCUCUCUCCCCAAUGAGUUUCUUCCGCCUGAACAUGGGGAUCAACUGCGAGCGUAUGGCGCCUGCGGUCAGCAUCCUCGGCGAGAGCUCCUGGUCUACUAGCUCCUCAGGAUACUUUGGCUUCCAGGUGUGCCUAUCCAGCCAAGCAGCGUUCGCAGCCGCAUGCCCAACUGGCACAACAGCAACAAAAGUGUACAACAUGGUAUGCUCGCAGAUCAACAGCAACUACUAUUUCAGCGUCAGCGGGGCCUUCCUCUCGUGCAACGGCUUCAAUUGUCCCGCUACUGUGCCUCAAGGAAUGUCCAUCUGCGAUCCCGCCAGCCAAUGGACCCCCUGUGUUAGCUAA